AUGUUUGCCGCCUUUGUAGCGCCAAACCGCCGUGGCGACGCUUGGUUCUCUGUUGGCCUGGCGUCUUCCUUUCCCAACAUCACAGAGUCCGGCAGCGAAAUUGUGGCCGAUACUCGGCCUUGCGGCCAAGGGGAGGCGCCUGGGUGCAAGGUAUUUCAGGUGCCAAAGGACGACAGCUCGCUUGCGGCCCAGGUGGCCUCGUCCGAUGUGGAAGAAGCAGCAUUCACAGCACGCGAUCUAAAAGACCAAGUUCUCGUUUUUCAGUACAAGGGCAAGUUUCACGCCAUCAACAAUCAAUGUCCCCAUUCUUCGUUUCCCUUGUCCAAUGGCUCUCCUUUUGACAUUGAGGAUUUUGGUAUUGCAUUGAGUGCAGGCAUCUCCUGCCCAAAGCAUGGCUGGUCUUUUGAUCUCUUCUCGGGCCAGGGAGACCGAGGGACUUAUCGGUUAAAGCUGUGGGAAGUUCAGGCUCGGCCCGUCGCAGGAGCGCCCGCGGAUGAUGAAGAGCGGGAGAUAUGGGUCAGGAGGAAGCAGAGGAUGGGAUGA